AUGAAUCUCUGGACUUUAGCCGGAACUCUCCUCGCGAUUUUGCGUGUGUGUUCUGCUCAAAAAAUUGACCACGACAAAAUCAAACCUAUUGAAGAACACGAAGCGGUCAAUGUUACAGAAAAACUUGCUUUCAGGUACAAGCCGUCGCUGGCGGUUACGAUUAUAUUGUGUGCCGGGUAUCCUGCUGUUGAUUCCGAUGGCAAUUUCUCUGGUGGACUUAAGCCGACAAAUGGAAACAACGGAUGCACGAAUCCUCCACUGGGUAGUCAAGUGUAUGUUCGUAUUCGGAAGUACAAGGAUCUGUGGGCCAUCAUGUAUGUUUGGUACUUUCCAAAGAGGUUUACAUCUCUUUGGCCCAAAGCUCGUCAUGACUGGGAGCAAGUGGUUAUAUGGAUUGAUGAACUCACAGAAACGCCGAAUGUUAAAUUAGUUUCUGCAUCUUACGGUGACGAUUACUCAAAAUUUGUCCCAAAAAAAAGCGUGGAUUCCGGCCCGACGUUUCUUCUUCGAGUUGAAACAUUUGGACCUCCAAGUUUGACCAUUACAUUCUUUCCUGAAGAUUAUAAUCUUCUUGACUAUUCUUCUCCUUAUUACAUUAUCUUGUGGGAGCAACUACCGGAACCAGCUCGUGCAGCUUUGAGCGAUGACAACAAUUUUGGAGAUGCGAAAUUUCCGCUCAGGGAUGAUCAAAUCGAUCAACAUCUUGAAAAGGCGUAUCAGACAGAAGAUGAAAGAAACGAAGACCGUUGA